AUGGGCUCCAGCGGCUGUCCGGAGGAUGUUUUGCAGCACGUCAGUCAGUUUUGGUCCAUGCUGGAUGAUCUGUCAGAGAGUGACCCCGCAGCCUACCAGGAGCUCAUUGGGAAACAGAUGGAGAGAGGAGCGGACAUGCUUAGUGCGCCGCCUGAACCCGUCUGCUGUUUGCAAACAGAAAUACUGGAGCCGAAUCAAGGAUUGCUGUACAUCAACAUAUGUGGCUGGAAGCGAGUGCCUGCACCCCAGGAUCCCAGCAAACCAAUACCUCUAUGUGGUGGGAGACUGGAAACACACACAGAUCAAGAUGGAGAGUUGUAUAAUGUGCUGGAUGUGGCUUUAAGCCCUGUAGUGCUACAGGAAUCUAAGAAGGACGAGAGAAAGAAGAACCAUGUCUACACGGUGGCCCUGAGCUUUGCCCAGCAGCAGCACAGACUGAGUUUAUCUCACCAGUACGCUGUUAUUAGCUGUAGCCUGAAGGGUAGCCUGCACGACUUGCACCGACGCCUCGGGUUUCGCCAGCAGCCCUGCAGUGCCGAGCAGCCUAACACAGUCACUCAGACCCCAGCUUCCCUGCUACAGCAGCUCUCCUCUCUUCAUACGAAAGAAAGAGACGAAGAUCUGGCAGCCCAGCUCAUCUCUAGGCCUGCAGAGAAUAAUAAAAAGACUUUGAUCCAGGUCAUCUCCAGCACAGUCACAGCACAGCCACUGAAGCCAGAGUACCAACUCCAGGUGAAUACUGAUGCUGCAGGCAGCCCUUGCAGCCUGGAGCUGACAGUGGAGCUGCCAAGGGUUUCCUCCAUAUCAGAGUGUCAGCUUAGCAUCUCCAAGGAUGACAUCUUAUUACAAGUGGAAGAUGUCUACUAUCUCCUCUUGGAGCUCCCACAAAAUGUAAAUGAAGAAAGUGCUGCCGCCACCUUCAACAAGAAGAAACGGAGGCUCACUUUGAAAGUGCCUGUUCUGUGA